AUUGGUUGCAGCAUGUCGAGACGCUGGCGAGCACGACGUCUCUCCUCUAUUGUUAUUGUGGCGUGCGCGUGAGGAACGGGCAGGAUGCGCGAGGAGACAGCGGGGCCGUUAUGAUAAAACAGCAGCGAACACCGAGCUCGCGAAGUACAAACAUAUGAGAAAUAAACAGUAGCCGGUUGUAUCCGAGGAUAUCUGAGAGCCAUCUGCCGUGUGAACACUGAGCCACACACAGGGCUCAUACAAAGGAGUGUAAACACACACGGCAGCUGCGGUCAGCACAGACAGUACGGAGGGAGCUGUCGGAGACUCCGAGGUCUGUCUGUCUUACUUCUCCUCCCCUCUCCGGCUCAUGUGGACUGAUUCAGAGCUGGGCCAUCACGAUGCCAAUGAAGUUUCUGGUCACUCAUUGGCUGACCAACUUAAUACCAGCUGUCCACUUGUAAUGGACUCAGGACAGAUGUUAAUACCAGUCUGAACUGGGCCAAAAAGACACACCAGGAUUGCAGCAUCAUGUCAGUGAACCCUCCAAGCAGCAAUGACGCCUGUCUCAGCAUCGUCCACAGCCUCAUGUGCCAUCGGCAGGGUGGAGAGAACGAGGGCUUCGCCAAACGUGCCAUCGAAAGCUUGGUGAAGAAGCUGAAGGAGAAGAAGGAUGAGCUGGACUCGCUCAUCACUGCGAUUACCACCAAUGGUGUCCAUCCCAGCAAGUGCGUCACCAUCCAGAGGACACUGGAUGGACGGCUGCAGGUGGCAGGGAGGAAAGGUUUUCCUCAUGUGAUUUAUGCAAGGCUGUGGCGCUGGCCUGACCUCCACAAGAAUGAACUCAAGCAUGUCAAGUUCUGCCAGUAUGCCUUUGACCUGAAGUAUGACAAUGUGUGUGUCAACCCCUACCAUUAUGAGAGGGUAGUGUCUCCAGGCAUCGUUGGUCUCAGCCUUCAAAACACAGCUGCACCAGUCGGCCUCAUCAAAGAGGAAUACAUCCAUGACUGUAUACAGAUAGACCUUCCACCUGGCAUGCCUCUGUCUGACCAUCAAACAGCCCUGAAGCUGCCUCCUCCAGACCACUAUGGUCAACCCCUGCCUCCCCAACAGCUGUCGUCUGAGCCCCAUGGACCCCCACCUGUCAGCAGAUACACUAACCUGCCUGUUUCACCCAAAGUGACCUGCUCUGGUUCCAUGCUGCCACUACAGGGCGGCCACAGUGAUGGCCGUCUCCAAACUGCAUCCCCACAGGCUCAAGUCAUGACCCCAGCACCACGACCUCCGACUCCUACCCAACCCCUACCUCAGCAGCAGGCUGCCCAGCAACCCUCACAGCCCCCCCAUUCCCAACAACCCUCCCUACCUACUUCUCACUCACAUGGAAAGAACGGAUACAGCAGCAAUAAACACUCUCAGAGCCAGGCUGUCUUCCACACAGUUUGGACAGGCAGCAGCACAGCCUCCUACACUCCCAUAGGACCUCCGCAGAAUGGGCGUAAUCUCCAACAACCUCCCCUCCAUCACCCAAACCAUCACUGGUCUCAGCAUCACGCCUCAAACUCUUUCCCUCCUUCUGUGGCCAAUCAUCCAGCAGGACCAGAGUUUUGGUGCUCUAUCUCCUACUUUGAAAUGGACGUUCAGGUGGGAGAGAUGUUUAAGGUGCCCUCCAGCUGCCCUGUUGUGACUGUGGAUGGUUAUGUUGACCCGUCGGGAGGCGAUCGCUUCUGCCUCGGCCAGCUGAGUAAUGUUCACCGCACAGAUGCCAGUGAGAGAGCUAGGUUACACAUAGGUAAAGGCGUGCAGCUGGAGUGUCGUGGUGAGGGCGAUGUGUGGAUGCGCUGUAUGAGCGACCACGCUGUGUUUGUGCAGAGCUACUACCUCGACAGAGAGGCAGGCCGAGCACCAGGUGAUGCGGUGCACAAAAUCUACCCUGGAGCCUAUAUCAAGGUGUUUGACCUGCGACAGUGCCACAGACAGAUGCAGCAGCAGGCAGCAACGGCUCAGGCUGCAGCUGCUGCACAGGCAGCUGCUGUGGCUGGAAACAUUCCUGGUCCAGGCAGUGUUGGAGGCAUUGCACCUGCAGUUAGUCUGUCUGCAGCAGCGGGGAUCGGUGUGGACGAUCUCAGGCGACUGUGUAUCCUGCGACUCAGCUUUGUGAAAGGCUGGGGGCCUGACUACCCUCGCCAGAGCAUCAAACACACCCCCUGCUGGGUGGAAGUCCACCUGCACCGUGCUCUGCAACUUCUGGAUGAGGUGUUGCACACUAUGCCAUUGGCAGACCCAGGGCCUGCUAACUAAAGACCAAGACAGCGUUCAAAUUCCAAUCAGGAUUCUCUGAAUGUGCGCACACAGACACACUAUUGGAUUCUUUUCUUCAGGCCAAAUAUGCUAUAUGUCUUGAUACACACAAGUUAUUUAAUCAGAAACACACAGAAGACAAAAAUGACCAACAACGCAUUAUGCUUGUAACAAUCAAUGCACACAUCAUUCAUGCUGUCUCACAGACAUACACACACAUGCACAAACACACUGAAACCAAAUGGUCUGUAGCUGCAACACAGGCAUACAAGUGGUGAUAUCUUUGGGAUUUUUCUAAUGCUUUACUCUACAAUCUAAAGUCAAGUGCAAAUUAGUUAGAUCUGUGAAGGUUAAGAUUUUGAGUUUGUCUUCUGACCAGUGUGUCUCUGUACUGAAGACAGUGCACUGUACAAAUGCAGGGAUGCGUUUCAGAAAUCCAGUUUUCCAAUAUGCAUUUUGGAUUUCUACUCAUUGUAGGAGUGUUCUGCACAUGCACUCAUGGAAUAGAUAAACAUGUAGAAAUGAUGUAUUCCAGGAGGCGUCAACUCUCCAGGACAGAUAAAUGCAUACCUCUGCAAAAGAAAAAGUCUAAGUGAUCCAAACAGUGUUUCAAUUCUCUUCAUGUCUUACCAACAGCAGAAGUGAUCUAGAAGUAUGUGUUAGGAAGCCAGUGUUAAGUCAACUGUGUGCUUGUACUGCGCUCUUCACUAUGUCCAUCUCAACUCAAACUGUUAGCCCUCUUAUUAUGCUCAGCUCGGACUAUAUUAUUUUUGUACCAAAAGUCUAAAAAGCCAAAAAUAUUUAGCUUUAAAGUAGUGUUGUUGUUUUCCAGUGCUACCCUGUAUGUAACCAAAUGCUUGGUGGAAAUCACCAAAGCCAGAAUACCUCAUUACUACAGUGCAAAGUCACAGUUCAGUUUUCCACUUUGUUCAACAUUGACAGACUGAGCUCAGGUCUGCAGUCAGUCUGAGAGGGUAUGUGAUGUCAGACACUGACUGUAAUUUGUGAAUAGGUAACUCUAAAGAUUUACAGCGGAGUGGACUUGUCAAAGAAGUUUCUGGGUACUUCUGGUACAGACUCGAGCCUGUGCAUGUGACACCAGUGCCUUUCUGUUCUCUGGUCUGAUCUGUUUGGAUCAUCUCCUGCAGACAUGUCACUAGCAGUUCAUCUUAAAAGGGAAUUCCACUAUUUUUCAACCUAGGCCCUUUGUUGAUAAAUGUGGGUGUGUAAAUGAAUGGUACUUAAAAAUAAAAUUGGAAAUCAGUCCAAGUAGUUUGCCUCCACCGGCAGCCACAACGUGACAUUGGCUACAAUCUAAACUUAUGGUGCAACUGCGACAGUCCAUCAAUUUUCACCAAUAAAAUGCUCAAAUUGUUGAGUCUAGCAACAUUACACUGCAGCUUGACCCUUAGCAAAUACCCAGAAGUAAUGAGAUUAAAUGACAACUCCAGUUAAAUUUCAUGAGGUGAUGUACACUUCGAAGGGCACAUUGACUCUCCUGUGGUAGACACCAGACCUGAUAGUUUAAUCAAUGUCAAAAAAUCUCAUUUAAACUCAAAUCCAUACUGUACCACAGUGGCAACAUGGACUGUUGAUCUACAUCCAGAGGUGAAGAAAUGAUUGGUGAGAUGACUCAUGUAGUUUGGAUCUGUCAGGAAACUGAGACAUUAAUCAUCCAAUGCCGCUGCAUUGCAAGGACCAGCCAUUAACACAUGCAUAUUUGUGAUUUGUGCCUUUUGUUGUCGUAGAUGCACCAACACUGGAUUGUAAGAAGAUUGAUGUUGCACAUUGUGAUUUGGUUUUCAGCUGUUCAGAAUCUAUGAUGAUAUUCUGUAGUCCCCUCAGGUAUCUGUAGCUCAUCAAACUGGUUUUACCUGAGUAGUUUUGUUUAUUGCCUUAGUCUUUAGUGAGUGUAGAGAUAUGAUAUGGCUCUAUCUUAAUCUUAGCAUGAACGCCACAACUAGAUGUCAUAUUUAUCUGCUCUCCUCUGCCCAUAUUCAGGGAUAAUGGUCAAGCAGGCUUGCUCACAUAAGGAGCAAAUUUACCACCAUCAUCAUCGUCAUCAUCAUUGUCCUGGUCUCUCUAUAAUCAAUUCAUCCGUUCUGUUUGUGCAUCACAUUUGAUUUGAAUGACCAACGUUAGCAACUUUAUCACACCACUGCAGAUUUUAAUUCUCUUUAUGAACAUGACCUGGUAUGAACAUCCACCCUGAGUGAUCUGAUCAGUGGUCAGCCCUAAAUACAUGUUUGAAUGCACCCAAAUGCUUCCUCAAUGGGUCCUGAGAUCCAAUCAGUCAGACCACAUUCAGGGGCUUUUAUUGCUGUAUGAACACAAAUGUGUUCAAGGCCACAUAUGAAGGACCGCCUACUCAGCGGAUGUCCUCUGACCCACUACAGUUUUACCAUGAAUUUGAUUGUAUUUUUAUGCUUCUCAGAGCUCAUACAUUGAUAUGUGUUUUUGGCCACCGCCACAAUAUGAACACUGAUUACCAUGAAAUGAGUUAUGUUUUUUUUCUCAACUAGGAAAAAUCUAAGUAGAUAUAUGCACUGCAUCAAUUCGUUCAGCCCCUCCCAACUCUCUCUCAUCAUCAUCAUCAGACAAAUCUGUAUACUCAGACAGGGUUAAAUCAUUAUUUAUAGGAUGCAUUUUAAUGCCAGGUGUGAACAGACAAACUGUAAAUGUGUGAUUGGAUCCGGCCUAAACUGAAUUAGCAGUUUUAAGAGAUGGAGUUGCAAAUCCCAGCUUUUUGUAGGAGAGCUCCUCUGCUUUUUCCCUGUGAGCUGCAGGACUGAUCGUGCUGCUGUCUCAGGUCUCAGGGAAAUAGGAAAGGCUUAAUGAGACCCACACGUACACGUAGUCAUAGAUUAUUGGGCACGUCAUUCUACAUAUAGGUUGGAUUAUUUGCUUGCCUGUAAACAAAGGUCCCAUUUUUGCAUAUUCAGCUGAGCUGUUGUGCACUGACUGAAGACUAGAUUACAUUAGCAACAAAUAACAAAUAAUUAUGUUUUAACCGAACACUUUGUGUAGACCACACAAAAGGUUCUACUCACAUGAGAUAUUUAUUGUCCUGUCUGUGGUUUGCUUCCUGCUCCCCACCAAGCAGGAUUGCAUGUGUUUCUGCAGGGGAGGGUUUCCCUUUAGGUCUUUACACACCUUACACUGGUCUUUUUAUGCGAUUAAUUCUCACCUCUCAUUUUUUCCUCUCAAAAAAGUACCCUUUUCCCUUUAGUCUUUGCAUCGUGAUUAAUAAUAAAGGACAUGAACCAAACUGUUCAAGUAGCAUAGGCUACACAACUACUGACCUCAGACAGCCUGCCAAAGGCUGAUCUGGGUCAGUGGGAUCCUGGUCCUCUGCCUCCUUAGAUAAGGCUCUAAUAUCCUCAGCAGGACCUCAGACAUCCUAAAAUAUUAUCCUGAACUGAGGCUAUGGUCAAGCUUCAGCUCUUGUAUGAAGCAGUAAAGUGGUAAAUCUCAAUUUCCUUCAUGGAGUGAGGAGGAGGACACGAUCUUCAUCAUUGGAUGACUAUGAAGUAUGAGGUUGUGCAAAUCUAUUUUAAACUUAUUUGAAAGAGUUGCACAUUUGCAUCACUGCAAGUAUGAAUAGUUGUGAUGCAAAUCACUUGUAGGGGAGAAUUUAGCAUUUUCUUUAUUCAUCAUAUCCUUGGUGUGUGAAGACCUUUACAAAAACAAAAGCUGGUCCUGGCUUGGGUGCAUUUGGAGCACAUCUGGAAAUGUUCUAGAAGAUGUUUCAAUCAAUCAAUCAAGCAAGUAUUCACAAAUCUCAAUUGGUCUCAUGGUGCUUAACCCUGAGAGUGAGGAAAAACUACCCAAAAAACCAAAGGAAUUUUUAACUCUAGAGUCAAUGACUGACCUUUUCCUUUCAUCAGUCGAUUGAGUUUGCUUAUAGGCAGACAAAUAAAAUAUAGAAGUAAUCAAAAGGUCAGAAAGGCGCCAGUAGGUGAAGCAUUUAUGUGCAGGUUACUGUAGGCUAUUAAUGUCACGUUGGAAUUCACUUAGUCAGGACUAAACUUUAAUGCUCAAGUUCUGAAAGUUACUUGUUUCUCCAGCCUUGUAUGUAAGCACAGUAAUGAUGACUGUAAGAGGGACCACAGCUUUCUUGAUCACAACCUUUAUAUCUGCUCUCAGCAGCUAUGCUCAGUCUACAGCACCACAUCCUCACCCGAGACUGUAGACGCCCUAACCAUUACACAGAGCUUGUCAAUUAAGUGUGAAGUGUAGUGUGUUCGUGCAUCAGUACAGGGGGCUGUUUCUCUCAGUGUUUAUGUCAUGCAUUUGAUUUUCUUGGGAGAAGAUGAAUGUUUAAAACAGAAUGCACAGAGAGCUGCAACAGCUUUAGAAAUCGGUUUGGGUUAAAUAUUCUAAUAUUUAAUUCAUGCAUUUUUUUAUCUCAGUAUAAAUGUUCUGGAAACAUUGUGAAACAUUUCUGGAUUUCAUCCCAAACCAAAACCAAUGAUGAUGCAUUUAUCAUUCCAGACAGUUUUUUAAUGUGAGACGAAUGGAACAACACAUACCAUACCAUUUAAAUGACAUUACAUGGGUUUAUCUGGACACUUAAAGAGGACUGAAAAAUAGGUAGUAAAGAACUGAAUUUGGCUACAUUAGAAUAUUGUUAUUAUUUUGGAGUUAUUUCGUUGUAAACACGUGCUGCUCUUGUAAUGUUGACUGGAUAUUAAAGUAAAAUAUUCAAA